AUGCUGUGGUUACUUUUUGGUGUAACGUUAGUAUUAGGGGAGAGUGUAGUGGAGGAAAAUUCAAAAAUAGUGGUCAUCAAACAAGGUCCUGUAAGAGGAUACAGAGUCUCUGGUACAAAUGUAUUUGCUUACCACAAUAUUCCAUAUGCAACGGCACCAACAGGGCCAAACAAAUUUAAGGCUCCAUUGCCGCCACCAGAAUGGACUGAGAUUUAUGAUGCAAUUGAUAAGCAAGUCACUUGUCCUCAAAUUUGGGAAACUGUGAAUCCCAAAGAAGAUUGUCUUAUUGCCAGUGUAUUCGCUCCUGAAAAUGGAACGGGCUUACCUGUUAUGGUAUACGUUCAUGGAGGAGGAUUUCAAAUAGGUUCUGGUAAUUAUGAAACUAAAUUUGGUAUAAACAGUAUUUCAGAGUUAAUUGUAGUCAACUUCAACUACCGUCUAGGGGUGCACGGUUUUUUGUGCUUGGGUACAGAGGAAGCCCCAGGAAAUGCUGGUAUGAAAGAUCAAUUAGCGCUUUUACGAUGGGUUCAGGAUAAUAUCGCUGCAUUUGGUGGCAAUGCUGAUGAUGUAACAAUUGUGGGUUGUAGCGCAGGAGGAUGGUCUGUUGAUCUGUUAAGACUUGUAAGUGUUACGGAUGGUCUGUUUAAGAAUGUUAUAUCAGAAAGCGGUGCCAAUCCAGGCGCGUUUGGUAUACAACACAACCCUAUAGAAAAUGCCAAAUAUUAUGCAAAAGCGCUGGGUUUUAAUAAAGUUGAUGAUUUAAGUGCAUUGUCCAAUUUUUACACCACUGCUUCUAUCGAAACUUUAAUCUCAAGACCAGAUUUGGCACAAAUUAGGCCUGAUUCGAGUAUUAUUUUUGCGCCAUGCGUGGAGAAAGAUAUUGGUAUAGAAAUGUUUCUCGACGAUGCUCCAGUGAAUAUAUUAAAAAGCGGUUCCAAUAAAGCGCAUCCCGUAUUAUAUGGCUUAGCUAAUUUAGAAGGCGUAAUGGUCCUCGGGAACUUGCAGGAUUGGAGCAUUAGAAUGAACGAAAACUUUUCAGAAUUUUUGCCAGCUGACUUAGCGUUUCAAAAUGUGGAAGAAAAAAUGGCUGUGGCGAAGCGAGUUAAAGAAUUUUAUUUCAAAGAUAAGCCCAUAUCUCAAGACACCAUUCGAGCAUACGUUGAUUAUUUCUCGGAUACACUAUUCGUCUACUCAAUACUAAGAUCAGUGAAAUUAAGUGCUGAAUCAGGAAACAACAGUACUAUAUACUUGUACGAGUAUUCAUUUCCAAAUAUUAAUUUAUCAGUAUUUCCUGGUAUGACUGGAGCACUUCACUGUGAACAAAUGCAGGCUACAUUUGAUAGAAAUGAAACAUCUAUGACCGAAGAACAAUUAAUCAUUAGGGCUAAAAUGAGAAGAAUGUACAGUGACUUUAUUACAACAGGGAACCCAGUCUCAGAUGAAUCUUUACUGCCGCCAUGGAGUCCGACAAACGCUAACAGAAGUCCUUACAUGGCUAUGGGAGUGAACAUAUCAGUUCAAGGGCCGCUGUAUGAGGAGCGUGCAAAUCUCUGGGAUGACAUAUACGGGAAGUACUACCGCGCACCUAUCCCACCUGGAAAUUCUGCCAAGAUUCUUAGCAUCAACAAAGUAUUGUGGAUUAUGUAUAUUAUAGUUUUCAUACCUAAUUUAAGUGUAUUGUUGCGAAAAGUAACCAAAACUUAUUGA